UCGUUUAUCACCAAAGUUAUUGAGGUUUGCGUUUAUCCCAAAAUAUCAAUGAAUUUAUGGACGUAGGUAGUUUGAAACUCCAAUUAUUAAAAUUUAUAGUUUAUCGUGUUCUCUCGCUCGACUAAGGGAUGAGGCGACUAAGGGACACUGACAGGCACCAAUGGUUGACGUUAGGCGGUCGGUCAUAAAAUCAGAACGUAAUAUUGAAAUUUAAUGGGUUCUCUUACUCGGACGAAGCUUAGGGCUUCGGGUAUUCCCGUCCGUCGGGACGUCCCGUUUCUGGGUAGAUUUUGGGGCCGUCCCGCCAUGACCUCUUGCGGGACGCUUUUUGUCCCGGAAAUCGGUGAUAAUUAUUAUUGUUUAAUGCUUUAUUUUGAGUUGGUAAGCCUAGGUAUCUCAUCCAGUAACUAAACAGGGCACACGCGAUGUCCACGGGAGCUAUCUCCAUUCGCAGUACAAAUUACUCUAAGACAUUAAAACUUUGAGGUGAACUCAUUAUAAACGAUAGACUGUUUUGUCAGGUUUGUAUUACAGUGCGGGAUGUUUGAUGUUUGUUUUUAAAAUUUCGUCGUGAUUGUCUAAGAAUAACACAAAACGAAUAGGCGGAGAGCUAAAUGCAAUCUUUUAUUAUUAAACUUUUGCAGAAUUUAGGCCUUCACAGGCACUUUUUCACGUCACAUUCUAAAUUAAAUGAUAUUUACCAAAGCCACAAACUCGGCUUUGGUAAAUAUUUCGGAACGACCACUGCUGAGAAGAAAUGCCGAAAGAAACUCAUUCAAUCAGUGUUGGUCCCUAUUAUGCCAGAAGGGCUUACCAUUUUUAAAAUAUAAAUUGUAUGUCAAUUUUUUUAUCAGUAAUAUAACUAUGUAAGUACACAGUUAGUAUUUAAUGUCACCAGGGAGGAUAUGAAUAUGCGUGCCAGUAAUAUGCGUGCUCAGAUGACUAUGCCGAUGAUGCCGUAGGCAAAAUUUAGUAAAAAUACAAAGCAGAGACUCCUGUUUUUUCAAUUUCAACCCAUACCGGUUGUGGAAUAACCCGGAAAAACGCUCAGAUGACUAAAAGAAACCAGUUAUAUAUUUAUUGCUCGUUUUAUAAAUGUGACAAACGCUGACCGUUGAAACUUGAAAUUUUACAUAGAGGUUCUAAAUUAUUUUGAUAAUUACACAGUGGGGUUAAACAGGUGAAAAACUAAUUGCACUCGAGAGAAACCAACGCUAAUGUCUAGUCAGUCAAAUAAUAUUUUUAUUAUAAUAUUUAUGGCACAAUAAUACAAACAAUAAACUUUAUGCUAAAAGCGUAUUUUUUUAUUUAAAUUUUAUUGCACCAUUUAAAAUUUGUAUAAGUACAAAACUAAAAGCAUUCCCUAACAGAUUUUAUUGGGCCAUACAGAUAAUCCUAUAUGGGUGCAAAAAUAUCAUUAGGUAUAUAUAACUAUCAAGUAAAUUAAUACAAUAAUAAGUUCUGUAAUGAAAACAGACUAUUAGACGACAGAUAGAAACUGCAACUCCUGCUGUAAGCUCCUGGACUAAAAAAACAAACCAAUUGAUAGUAGAAACAAUGUUUUAAGUUCCAAUCGGUGUUAACAUUUCAUACUUAUCAUCCAACUUCGCGAAUCUCUCACAGAAUCAUAAAUAUAUCUAAAUUGUAUUCAUCUCACUUUUCAAUUAAUUAUAUUAUUUGCUUAGAAGUAUAAACAUGACUCAUCAUCAAAGAUACAAAUGAUAUAUAUUUUGUAAAACUUUCAUAAAAGUUUAGGAAAAUGAAAUACCUUGUUUGGAUAUUUUAUUGGUUGGACAGUGUUUUACUAUCGUUUCAAUACCCUCCACCAACAUAUACAACAUAUAGAAGAGUCCACACUGCGCCUCCUAUAAAUUUAUGUGACAGUAACAAGUCGGCGCUAGUAGAGCAUUUUUUUACGGUCAUAUUCUCAGAAUUCCGAAAUCCUUCGCCAGUAUGCGUAUGCGUCCAGAUGUGCGUCAACCAAGCCACGUACUGUUAUCCCAAUGGAUGCCUGAAGAAAUCUGAUGAUAGCAGGAAAGACGACCAAGAGACGCCAGACGUAAACAGACAAAUACUUAAAGCUGAUAGUGCAAACGCUCUAUUCCUUGUUGAUAACACUGGUAAUCAAGUAGCUAAAGUCAAUGAAGAUACCCCUGAACUUACAACAUCAACUACUUCCGAACCUCAGUUUGGAAAUAAUAUGCAAUUGUAUACAUUUGAUAAUUACAAACCAAUUUAUAAGUAUCGGAAACUACCUAAGGUUCAAAUGCAGUAUAAUCUAAGAGAACAAAUCAAAAAUACAAAAUCCAACGUAUACACAGACGUGACCAGUAAUAGAUGGCCUUUGAGCAAGAUUAAGCAAGUUACUAUUGGGAAAUCUUAUCAACCUGACAUGACGAUUGACCGACCAUCGAGGCGAUCAAAAUAUUUUAGACCAAUACCUUCUUUAGUACCCAGAUUCUCUAAAAGAGAAUCUAUAAGGACAUCAAAUCUACCUGAGAAUAUAACAAGUGAUUUUAUGGAAAUAAAACGAAGUGAAAUUCCUGAAAAGUUUUCAUUGGAAAAAUUAAUAAAUGAUUUGAUUGAGAGUAGUAUCGAUCAAGAUAACAAAAACAAUAACACCGAUAGAGACAUUACUAAAGCAACUAAUAUUGACAUAAAAACUAAAUCAAUGUCGUCUAAUAAUAGAAUAUUACCAUUGUCAACGGAAGCUUUAGACUUAUCGAGUACCAUUUAUGAAACGACUACAGUUGAUAUAUCUAAUAAUACAAAAGACCAUAACAACAAAACGUUAGAUUAUGAAGACGAUUCACCACCAGCACAAACACAAAUAGAAAUGUUACAAAAUAUAUACAAUGACGACUCCAUAGAGACAUUAUCAAAACGCAUUGAGAAGCUUAAUAAUACUAGCUAUGAGAUACUGACUAUGAAUAAUGAUCACAUAGAAGCCGUAACAGAAGAUUCUAGGACUACCGAAGCAAAUGAAUUUGCUAUAUCAUCUAACCGUAUUAUUGGAAUUGAAGGAAAAUCUAUACAAGAUAACAAUAAAUUAAGAAACUCAACAUCUUUAUCUAAUAAUUAGUUGUGAACAAUGCUUAAAUAUAAAUAAAUUCGUUUUUAAAAGCCAUAGUGUUUAAAUUUAAGUUCAAUAAAUAAAUCAAUAUAAAGUAGGUAUGUGUCAAACAUUAGAUAUAAUAAUACGACUUGUCAUGUAUAGCAUAAAAAUAUACAGGGCCCUACGAAUUAUGAGCGAAAGUCCUUUAUGCGAUUCCCUAGGUACUUAAAAAGAUAAAAUAGAAAUGAUCUUACAAUCACAUUUUCAUCGGUCUCAAAGUAUUGUAAAUCAAAUUAAAUCAUUUAUGUAAGUCUAUUGCUCGAGGACGUGUGAAUCCUAUAAGAGUCCUGGUUUCCAGUUAAAAAGUGUUCAUACUUACGGUUUAAAGGAAGUACUAUUUGUAGUUGUUAUUUAUUUAUUUUGGUCCCAUAAUUUCUAUAUAUAUAUAUAUAUAUAUAUAUAUAUAUAGAUACAACAAAAUCUAUAUA